AUGACUUACAUCCGGACCACGCCCGACGCACGCCUAGUUCCCCAACGACUCGAGUUCGACCGAGGGGGCCUAGUCUGGCUACCCAACGGACUCUGCGUCCUAAGUUCGAAUGUGCAUAUCGAUGGCGUUCCUAAGAGAACCCAACAUUGGCAUGCCGAGCAAGCUCCAAAGCUGACGGAGACGGGGGUUUUGACAGAGACGACAUGCCGAACUUUACGUAGGUGGAAUGAUAAACCCUCGUCCUCGUCUCAUACCCAACCGCCGUCUACCUACAACCACGCACCGCAAAGCUUAAUCCGCGGGCUCCUAGAACCACCGCAGAAAGAAUUGAUGGCCGCAAAGUACGACCUCACGCAGCGGACGGCACCGCAACUUGAUCGGCACCUCGUGUUCCCGCUGCUUGAAUUCCUACAGGAGAGAGGGCUGUACCCGGAGGAGGAUAUCCUCAAGGCCAAAAUCGAGCUGCUCAACCACACCAACAUGGUCGAUUACGCCAUGGACAUCCACAAAUCUCUCUACCGCACCGAAGACGUUCCCCAGGGUAUGCAUAAUUCUAAGGAAUUUGAUAAUGUGAUAAAUCCAAUCAGUUUCCUCAGGAUGGUGGAGAGGAGAGCUGAGGUGGUGGGUAGACUGAAGGCAUUGGAAGAAGGAGCUGCUCCAUUGAUAUCUUUCUUGCAGAACCCUAAUGCAUAUCAGGAACUGAGGGCUGACAAGCAACACAAUCUUCAGAUGCUCCACGAUCGCUAUCAGAUUGGUCCUGAGCAGAUAGAAGCAUUGUAUCAGUAUGCGAAAUUCCAAUUUGAGUGUGGGAACUACUCGGGUGCUGCUGAUUAUCUGUAUCAGUACAGGGCCUUGUGCACCAAUAGUGAUAGGAGCUUGAGUGCAUUGUGGGGAAAGCUAGCAGCAGAGAUAUUGAUGCAAAAUUGGGACAUUGCAUUGGAAGAGCUUAAUCGCGUGAAGGAUAUCAUAGACUCUAAGAAUUUCUCUUCUCCAUUGAAUCAAGUCCAGAGCCGAAUAUGGCUAAUGCAUUGGAGCUUAUUCAUCUUCUUUAACCACGACAAUGGAAUGACUCAGAUUAUUGACUUGUUUAAUCAGGACAAGUAUCUGAACGCCAUUCAAACGAAUGCCCCCCAUCUGCUACGUUAUCUGGCGACUGCUUUCAUAGUUAACAAAAGGAGAAGGACUCAGUUUAAAGAAUUCAUUAAGGUGAUUCAGCAAGAGCAAUACUCCUAUGAAGAUCCGAUUACUGAGUUUCUGGCAUGCAUAUAUGUUAAUUAUGACUUUGAUGGAGCCCAGAAGAAGAUGAAAGAGUGUGAAGAAGUGAUCAUGAAUGACCCGUUUCUUGGCAAGAGGGUUGGGGAAGGGAACUUUAUUUCUGUUCCUUUACGCGAUGAAUUCCUUGAAAAUGCUCGCCUUUUCAUCUUUGAGACCUACUGCCGCAUUCAUCAGCGCAUUGAUAUGGCGGUGCUUGCCGAAAAACUGAAUUUGAACUACGAGGAAGCAGAAAGAUGGAUAGUGAAUCUUAUUAGGACCUCAAAACUUGAAGCAAAAAUUGAUUCAGAGACCGGGACAAUCAUUAUGGAGCCCAACCACACCAAUGUGUAUGAGCAGCUGAUUGAUCACACUAAAGCGCUUUCUGGCCGCACGUACAAGUUAGUUAGCCAGCUUCUGGAUCAUGCUCAACCUCAGGCUACCAGAUAGAUAGUCCAUCGGCUUAGCUUCUUCUGCCACCUUUUUUUUUUUUUUCACUUGGAUGAUUAAUUGGUUUUGUUGGGCAAAAUUUUGGAUUAAGUGCAGAUAACAUAUUUAUAUGCUGCGGUUGUCAUUAUUGUUAUUGUUAUGGUUUUAUGGGGGAAUUGGACUCCAAAAGUUAUUUUAUAACAAAAUCAAUUUCUGUUCACACUUCAUCAAACACAAAGCUUGUAAAUGAAUCUUGUUGGCUUUAAAGAAUCAGUACCACUACCGUGUGGGCAGUACUACACGUUCCCCUCAUUCUCAAAAAGCUAGAAAAUUUAGAAGGUGUAGUGCACUCUCCCAAUUUUUUUUUUUUAAUGAAAAAAUGAG